UUAGCGAUAAACUACAAUAUGGAAAAAAAUCAAGAGCGUUUUCAAUAUCAUGUCUUUUUCCUAAUUUGCUUCGUUUUAAUUGUUGUUAUUCAUUUUAAUUAGUCUAGAUCUUCAAGUGUUAUUAGGGUGUGUGUGUGUAUGUGAUAUUUCACGUUACAUUUUGCCACAUGUCAUAAAAGGCACUGUUCCGUAUUCAGUUUGGUGGCCCAUUAUGUAAUGGCUCAUCACGUGGCUGUUUUAGCCGUACGUUCAAUCAAUAAAAAAGUAAUUUACGUCAUGAUAUAUCCAUAAAAUGUUAUCUUUUACUAUGUAUAUUACCUACAGAUAUAUCUAAAAUCAUUUUAUUUUUGCUUCAAUAUAUCAUGUGAUAGACUUUUGUACUAUAUCACGCGUUAACAUUCUUUUUUGUUGCUACAACUUUUAUUUGCGGCGACAUUAGGUGUCAUAAUGUUACGUGAUGUAUUAUCGAAAUUUCAAGUAAGACGUAUAUGCACAUGUAAAUACACAUGCACACGAACUAUUAAUGUACGAUGUUAUCUGAGCUUGCACGGAGCGAGUUUCAUUUUCUUUCAUAUUCUGUUAUAUUCAUCAAAUACCUAAAACCAUUUUCAGAGAUCUCAACACCACAGAAACUGAAAGAUCGUCAGCAUGUUUCAUUGGUAGCAAGAGAUACAAAUUUAGAUUUAGCCAUCUCGCAGCUAUCACCGGUAAUAGCAGGGUCUCAACUAAUGCAAUCCCAAAAACUACGGAGAUCAGAAUACCAGACAACGCGACGUUCUGAUUUACAAAUUUCGGUAGAUUCAGAAAUUCGUAGACCGCGAGUUCAGGAUUCACUACCUCUGCCAGAUCUUCAAUUGAGCUGUUUUGAAGAAUCACGCACCAGUAAAUUACCCGAUUGUCAAACGAUGCCGCAUUCAAAAACUCCGCUAUCUUCAGAAAAACGUCCAUCAAAACAUUUUCAAUCAAAGGAUUCUCUAGAAAAUUCGCGUUUUUCAGCAAAACCUCAAAAAGCUUUGUCUCGGAGCAAUCGGUCGCAUUCGCAAGCAAGUUCUCCAGGAGAUUCGCGUUCGAGAAGUAGAACACCGUUAUCAGAGAAGUCUCGAGGACGUUCGCGUUCCAGUAAUUCUUCGCCUUCUUCACUAAGGUCUGGAAGGAAAUCACGUUCGAAGACUACUUUGGAUUUACCACUGGGAUCUCCAGGGGUUUCGAUAAACCAGUCGUUUUGUAGAAAUCGGUCGCGUUCGAGAACUCCUUUCAAUUCGCCACGAGAAUAUCCAGAAGUUUCGCGUUCGAAAAGUCAGUUGCUCUUGAGAAAGCGGUUGCCUUCGAGAACUCCUUUGAAUUCACCCCUAUCAUCUGCAGGAGGUUCAAUUCCACAAAACCUGUCGCACUCGAUAAAUCCGUCGCGUUCACCAGUAGCGUCUUCAGGAGGUUUGGGGCACGAUAAAACUAUUCAAAAACAAUGCGCUAAAAAUUGUCGAACGAAAAAGCCAGGUCCACGUUCUAUAACGCAACCAAACCCGGUCAUUUCACUUUCAGAGAGACAGCCAGGUCAACUUACAGAAUCGCAACAAGUACCGUCUACUCAAAAACCAUCAAGACGGCCAGGUCCACGUUCUCAGACCCAACAAGUGUCGUCAACUGGCACAUCAUCGAGACAGCGAGAUGAACGUUCUAGUUUUCAAGAAGAUGCCAAUCAAAGUUCUGAAGUACCUGCAGCUAGUGGAGGAAGGUACAGGAGGAGAAAAAAUCUAACACUCCGAUUUACUGCUAACUCAACUCUGACGACUUUAUUUAUAAUAAUAAUACUGUUGGAUUUGAGCGUGUGCUCAGUCUGGCGGCCAGUCCCAGAAUGGCGACCGGGUACGCGCUCCCCGCUCGCCACGGCGUGGCGUCGGCCGGACGAUAUUUUGAGGCUGACUCCGGCGGUACUCCGCUAGUCGAAGUCGGUCUCGGCUGCAGCGUCUGCUUACGCUGGCGACGACGCUGUCCAGCGCGUGGCGCCACAUAUUUGGGUGAAAAAUCGACUGUAGGGCAAAAAUCAUGGCGAAUUAUAAAAUACAAACGUAGAAGUGGAUUUUUGAGAGAUUUGGCGACGGUUUUCAUGGACGAAGAAAAUCUUAGCUUUGAGAGGUUUAGAUUUAUGGAAAUUGAAGAACUAAACAUUUGGAACACAACCCAUCCAAUUAUAUUCUCCAAGAAAAUUAAAUCUGUAUCUAAGUUUGUACAGCGAUUACUUGGAUAAAUCUAAUAGAUACAAAGAGUUACCGCAAGAAACAAAGGAUAUUUUUAUAAACAAUUCCACCGAAAGUUUGAGCUUUCAUUCUAGAGAUGAGAGAAAAAAUCAAACUCCACCAGAUGCAUAACUUGAUAUUAUGUUGUACUUAAUGUAAAACUGAUCUAUAAAUCAAAAAAUUCAGUUAAAAUUACUUGUGAUAUAAAACUUAAAUAAAAUACAUAUUUUUCUACUUGC